AUGGAGUUAAUUGCCACGGUAAAAGGAAAUUAUAAAAUAUCGAAAUUUGAGUUUAAUGUACCAUAUUAUGUGUUAAAUUGGAAAAAACACACCACCGAUCGCAAUUUUAAAGGGCUAAAUACGCCCAGAAAUGAUGUAAAAUAUAGCAAAAAAACAAUCAGUAAUUUAAAAGGGCUGUCUUUUGUACGAAAUUAUAAUUCUGCGCCUUUGGUGUUCCCCAGUUGUGGCUUUUAUUACCAUUCUGCCUACAUCGCUAAUAGUGGUGACUUUCGGCCUAAAUACGCCCAUAGAUCCCCUGAUUACUACUGUGACUACUAUGGAGAAGUUAAUGGAAACUGUAAAUUAGGCAAUUUCAAAGACAUGGCUCUGUUUAUGAGUAGGAAAGUGAGGUACGGGUAUCGGUACAACGCUGAAAAGGUUAGGAAAAAGGGCACAGUUAGGAGUAAGAUAUACUUUGAUAUGUGGAAGGAUAAGAACCCCUAUUACGUGAUUCACAAGUUUAUGUACGAAAACGACCCUGAUAACGCAAAUUUUAACUAUGACAUUGACCUGGCGAGAAAGGUUAAGUGCAGGCGCAACAUAUUUGCACAUUAUAAAAAGGACAAUAGGCUGCGAUUCUUCUGGUACGCCUCUAGAAAAAACACCGCCAAGGGCCCCUGCAGUCGUUACAUCAACUACGCCUUGGACAGGAAUGAGUUUAGGUUCAGCAAACUGCACUCCUUCUUUCACAUACUGCCGUACGUUCACGAGCAUUACAAGGACGAUCCGAGGUAUAUUUACUUCAUGAACAGGUUUUUGUCGAGACAUGGAAGAGUGGCAGCUUUCAAGCGCAUGAACGCUAGCAAUAAUGGGACUGCCGAGGGUGUAUUGGAUGGUAGAAUCUCUGGCUUAGGCAGGGAUGGGACUACCAGCAGUGUCGAUACUAGGGACGACAGUAGCAUAGAUGUCGGUUCUCAUGGCAAUAGUGGCAACUCCGCUGACAACGCUAGUGGCGCCGAUAGCCCUAUUAGGUAUAGAAGAACCAUUAGUUGGAAGGACAUGCUGCUUAAGGCUAAGGCUGAGGAAGAGGAGCUGUUUAAGAGGAUAUCCACGGAGCCCGUAGUCGUCGACUUGGGCAACGGGAGGUCAUUUACCGUUAAAAGGGACGGAUUUAAGGUAUACGGAGAAUAUUACUCGAAGAUUGAUAAGAAAAAUAGGAAAACGCCCUACGAUAUAUAUAGUCCGUUCUUAAAAACUAAGCACACUUCUCGAAGGAGACGGUAUAGGGAAAAAAUACCACUGGAUCCCAGCUUAAGGUGUAAAACUAGGAGGGAGCGUAUUUUAAAGAAUGCAGAAAAGAGGGAUAUAAAGUCGUUUAUAAAGAAACAAAUAACAAAAAUCGAUUUAUUAUAA